GUUCUGCUGGCCACAUCAUUUGCCUCAAGGCUUUUGGCAACUGAAAGAUGUGCUACAGAUAGUGAAAUUCUUCGACUCAAAGCUAUGGGCAACAGAAAGGAUGCCAUUGAGGCUUACGAGAAAUUGAAGCGAGAAAUGGGGAUCCAUUCUGAGCAUGACAAGACUACAGAUUGGGAUCAGCUUAUUUUUGUAGUCAAGGCAGCGAUUGAGUUUAAGCGCUUGAAAGAAAAGCUCAUAAAUGCUAAGCGUUUUGAAGAGGAACAGCUACGCCAAGCCGUGGCGGCCAACGAGGCUUUGAACAGGGAGGCAGAAAAGCUGUUCCAACAAAAGGAACGGGUUAUCAGGGCUGAGUGUCAAAAGGAACAUGAAGCAAAAGUCAAGCAAGUGAAUGAUCUGGCAAGGGAAAAGAUGGAUUUGAUCUCUAAAGACAUAAAGGCCGAGUUGGAUAGGCAACUGCAAGAGAGAGUCGACAUUCAAAACAGGACCAUGGUUCGAGACAUGGUCGACAAAUUCAGAGACUUCCGACAGCACUUGGAGGACACAGUGGAAAAGGUUUCCGAAGUCCUUUUGAGAAAAGAAGAGGAUUUCAAUACCCAAGACAGGUUCCUCCAAGAAAACAAGGUUUUACUUGAGCUGAGAAAUAAGUGUCAAGAAGUUGAGGCUGCCCUGAAAGUUGACAAAGUUCCUGCCAGCAACUGGACUGAGCAGAUGUGCCAGGUGUCAAAACUGGCUGAGAGCAUGGAGGCCGCCUUCAAAGGAAAAGACGAAUUGGGUGAAGCAGUCCUCGAGUCUCUGCCUGCCUUGGCUGUCAAGCGCGGUGUGCUGACGGAGAUUGGUCUGAAGGCCAGAUUUGAAGAGGUUGAAAAGGUGGCGCAUAACUUGGCCAUGCUCAAGGGAGAGGGUCCGCACUCAGGAUUAGCCUACGUCGCCUCCUACCUCAGGUCCAUGCUGACUGUGCGCAACAAAUAUUGCAACCCUGACCUGACGUCGGACUUUGUUCCGGAAGAACUGGACAACGCCGAUCUGCUUUUUAGAGCAUGUGCCUGCAUGAAGAACAACGAUUUUAUGAACGCAGUGAAGUUUGUCGAGCGCCUGAAGGGAGCUCCGACUAAGGCUGUGGCCGGAUGGCUGAACGAGGCCCGAAGCUACCUCAAAGUGAAGCAGGCCACACAAAUUCUGAAACACUACUGCACUCUGAAGAUCAACAGGUCUUGCUACAAGUCGCCCGUCCUGAUCAUUGACAACAAACCCAUCAAGGAAUCUCAGUUUUAAAAAAGGAAGAACGUUUUUUCUGGUUACGAAUUAAGUAGUUAUUGAAUCACAGAAAGACAAGUGCUUAUUGCUAUUUCAAAGAAAAGCUAAAACUCCUCCUUCUUGUUGACUUUCGCUCCUUGGUGGUCAAGUAUUCUUUUCGCACAGGACCAGAUCGCAGCUCCAAAAUGUGGUUCACUUUCUGCACUAUUUCCUGUGCAAUCGAGUGUUCCGCUUCAAACUCUAAUGUCUUGAAGGCAGUUGUCGAAUCUUCCACUGUUGGUUUAAAAUAAACUUGAUGAUAUCUAAUUUGAUAAUUUCAAUUUAUAGUAUACCUAUUGACUGAUGAACUAAUCGGAAAGAAGAUUUAGUGGAUCUCUGGUGGGUCAGUUCGCAGGCGGCAACUCGAGAAAUAUCGUAAGUGGCGGCUUUU